AUGUCCGGAUUGGAUGCUCUGGCCCAGGGCUCACAGUAUGCAUUGCAGCAACUCCAUGACUCUCACCUCAACCCGGCUCCUCAAGAGCACGAUGCGUUCUCCCAAAACCAGAGUGGACAAGACCAAGCAGGCAACAAGGGCAGCAGCAAUGGAGCGCCAGUACGACGAAGAAUCAGCCGAGCGUGCGACCAGUGUAACCAGUUGCGAACAAAAUGCGACGGAAAGACACCUUGCGCGCAUUGUGUUGAAUUUGGACUUACAUGCGAAUACAACCGAGAGCGCAAGAAACGAGGCAAGGCUUCACGCAAAGACAUCGCCGCGCAAUCGCAAAAUCCUGGGACAGCUACUUCGGACAAUGGCGCCAACGACAGUCCAAAGUCGAGCAACGAGCAAUCCGCUCCCCCGGAAAACGCCACAGAAAUCGCCCAGAACUCGCUGAAACGACGACGGUCGAGCAACCACCACAUCCCUCCACCUCCGCCGAGGAGGGCCAGUAUGACGAUACCAAACCCGCAGACUCUCGCUCCACCUCCACCUCCACAAACUGCCCAAUCUCAACAAUCACAGCCGCAAACACAGCACCAUCUACCACCUCUGAAUCUGAACAAGGAUGCCGUACCAGGAGCUCCGAACGAGCGCUACUCGAACAUGCGUGCCUCGGUAGACGGUCAGAAUCAGUCCAAUGCCUUGCCUGCACCUCGUCCAAAUCACUCAGCAAUGCCUGAUCGGAAUCCAGUCGGCGUGACGAACUACACUGGCUCCAUGGACGACUACCACCGUAGCGUACUACAGCAACCGCCAUCUGCUGUAGCUCACCAUCCAAUGAUGCCUGCGGGUUCUGCUCCUCUCUCUGCUCCACUCACAUAUCCGAACGGCAUGCCUUUCAAUCCUGAGAGCCCAUAUGCUGUACCGAGCCCGCAAAGCCAGAACAAUUUCAACACAAAUUUUCGAAUGGGCGAGUCUCCCAUCUCGGCACAUGGGUUGAUGGGCACAUCACCACAUGCCGGCUCUCCCGGAUGGCUGCAAUUGCCUUCUCCCUCUGCCGCUUUGUACACAAAUUUCCAGCAACCCAACAACCAGACUCUGCGCUAUCCCGUGCUGAAACCAAUUCUGUCGCGUAUCUCAGCCAUUAUACCCAUCAGUCUUGCUUGCGACCUUCUAGAAAUCUAUUUCUCUAGUUCCUACAGUAAGUUCAUUCAACCUGCCUCUCCAUAUGUCCUCGGCAUCAUCUUCCGCAAAAAUUCUUUCCUUCGCCAAAACAACCCUCGAGCAUGCAGUCCUGCUUUGCUUGCGAGUAUGCUUUGGGUCGGUGCUCAGACGAGUGAAUCUGCUUUCUUGACCUCGCCUCCAUCAGCACGAGGCAAAGUCUGUCAGAAACUUUUGGAGCUUACAGUCAGCCUGUUGCGACCGCUUAUCCACACUCCCACCGAAGGCGCCAACCAAGCGGCCAACUCCGUCGUGAACGGUGUCGCUCUUGGAGGCUUUGGCGUAGCUUUGCAUACCGCAAGACACGACAGCGAAGGAGGCUCUACAGGAGCCGCAGGAGCUUUGGACGACGUCGCGACAUAUAUCAAUUUGGCUACUGUGGUCUCUGCUAGCGAGUAUAAGGCUGCCAGUCUACGAUGGUGGAAUGCAGCUUGGUCACUAGCCAGAGAGCUAAAACUUGGCAGAGAGCUUCCACCAAAUCCGGACCCUUCGCUGCCGCAGGACGAGAACGCAAUAGUCGAUGGGAACGCCGAAAACGAUAUGGGCAUGAAUGGCCAGCAAGGUUUCAACUCGCGACGAUUCAGUGGCAUGCCUGCAUCGAUGUCCCAACCAGGUGCCGUGACUGAAGAAGAAAGAGAAGAAAGGAGAAGAGCUUGGUGGCUUCUAUACAUUGUCGACCGACAUCUUGCGCUAUGCUACAACAGGCCACUGUUCCUCCUCGAUGCUGAAUGCGAAGGUCUGCUGCAGCCUGAAGAUGAGUCAGUCUACCAGGCAGGCGAGUAUUACACAACCGAAAAUAUGCCCGAGACAUACUAUCGACGAAGAGGCCCACCGCUGGAGUGCACUGGACACAGCAUCUUUGGCUACUUCCUACCAUUGAUGACCAUACUAGGAGAAAUCGUGGAUCUUAAUCAUACACGCAAUCACCCUCGUUUCGGUAUGCGCUUCAGAAAUGGUACAGACCUUGAUGAUAUGGCGCACGAGAUUAGCCUUCAACUUGACUCGUAUGGUCGCAGUCUGGAGGCGUUCGAGGCGCGAUUUAUCCCAGCUGAUGGCACCAAUCCUGACGGCACACAUGUCGACAACGCUAGUCCUUCCAACCAAUCUACGAGUAGCAACCGCAUUACCGAAACCGUUUUGCUCACCAAGACAAUCGUGGCUUACGGCACGCACCUGAUGCACACUUUGCAUAUCCUUCUGAACGGCAAGUGGGACCCCAUCUCUCUUCUGGACGACAACGAUCUCUGGAUCUCUUCACAAUCAUUCGUCUCGGCUACGGGACAUGCAGUUUCAGCCGCCGAUGCCAUCAGUGGUAUCUUGGAUUACGAUCCAGAUCUCAGUUUCAUGCCGUUCUUCUUCGGAAUAUAUCUUCUGCAGGGUAGUUUCUUGCUACUUCUGAUUGCGGACAAGCUGCAAGGAGAGGCCAGUGCGAGUGUCGUCAAGGCAUGCGAGCAGAUUGUUCGAGCACACGAAGUCUGUGUUGUGACUUUGAACACAGAAUACCAGAGAAACUUCCGAAAAGUCAUGCGUAGUGCAUUAAGCCAGGUUCGUGGGCGCAGUCUCGAAGACUUUGGAGAACAACAGCAACGCCGCAGGGAGGUGCUUGCAUUGUACAGAUGGACAGGAGAUGGUUCCGGACUGGCGUUGUAG